UUUGACGCUUGAGGGGGAGAGAGAGAGAGAGAGAGAGAGAGAUAGUAGUAGUAGGGAGUAAAAACGGAAGGGAUUAACAUAACAAACAUCAAAACAUUGGAAUGGGGAUAGAGGAAAAGAGUUCUACUUGGACUGGGAAAACGGCAAUACCGGUAACAGUGUGAAUAGACAAAGGCCGAAACGCCAGCCAAAGAAAAUUCCUCCAUUUUUAGCAAACACCCUUCCCAACCAUCCAUUUUUUCGACUUUUACGUACCACCCAGAUACAGAUUCUCCACUCUCAGAUCCGCUCUUUCUUUGCCUUGUGUGUGCUCUUUUUGCUUUUUUGUGCUUUGCCAACUCCAUACCUAUACCCUUAUUACUCUUCCUCCAUCUCUCUGCUUUCUCUCUAUAUAUAAACAUGUGAUAUAGGGGAUUUCCCCUAACGUUCUGGGUUUGUUGCCAUUGCUUUGCUACUCUUCUUGUUCAAGACCUAAAAGACAUUGUCGAAGGAGAAGCUAUGAGUAAACCCGAAGGGGAACUCAAAGUAAGCUUUGGAUAUCAAUGUAGUGUUAGCAGAGACAGCUCUAGUGAGGUUUCUCAUGGAUAUGAACUCCUGCCUGAAAUUCAAAGGAAUAGUAGUUUCUCUUGCUUGUCUGGUGCUGCCUUAAGUGCCAAUGCAACAUUGGCAAACACAAAUAUCUGCAACGGUUUAAUAGGGGAAGAAAUACUUCCUACUUGGGAUUCCCCUAAUUCAUUUCGGAAGGUACCAUCCUCCCCAACUCUUUCAAGAUUGGAUAUAUUAUCAUCUUCCCUCCAAAGUAGUAUGUCAAACUUAAGUUGCAGUCCAUCUUCUCCAAGUGAUCCACCUGAUUAUGAUUGUUAUCUAUUGAAACCUAUGAGUGCUCCAUCCAGAAGUGAAAGUUUUCUUAGUUCUAUGGAAGUACAAGUGGCAGGUGGAGCUGCUGGUGAAGACAGGGUUCAAGCUGUUUGUUCUGAAGAAAACGGAUGGCUCUUUUGUGCAAUUUAUGAUGGUUUUAAUGGAAGAGAUGCAGCUGAUUUUCUCGCUGGGACAUUGUAUGAAACCAUCAUAUUCUACUUUAAUUCAUUAGACUGGGAAUCAGAGCAGGACUUCAUUAAAGCUUCUGAUGUUAGAGAGUCAAGCAGGUCUCUUCAAUAUGCUCUAGAUGAUAGCAGUACUAUGCAUGGGUAUGAUAAGGAUUCAAGUAUUGAUGAUAUAUCCAAGAAUGGACCACAUGCUGAAGUACAAAUGUCGCAUAAUUCUUUUAGGCAGGGUGUGCUUGAUAGCCUUCAACGUGCACUUAGUCAGACUGAGAAUGAUUUCCUGUACAUGGUUGAACAAGAAAUGGAGGAUCGCCCUGAUUUAGUUUCUGUCGGAUCUUGUGUUUUGGUUGUUCUUCUUCAUGGAAAAGAUUUAUACACACUUAACUUAGGAGAUAGCAGAGCUAUAGUGGCAACAUAUCACGAGGGCAAUGACAUGAAUGGGAGUGGGAUACUGAAAGCCAUCCAGCUCACAGAAAGUCAUACGGUAGACAAUGAGCUUGAAAAAUCUCGAGUUCUAUGUGAACAUCCCGAUGACCCUGCAGCCAUCGUGGCUGGGAAAGUGAAAGGAAAACUGAAGGUUACUCGUGCAUUUGGAGUUGGUUACUUGAAAAAGGAAAAACUGAAUGAUGCACUCAUGGGUAUUCUUCGGGUUCGUAACCUUCUAAGCCCCCCCUAUAUUGCUACUCAGCCGUCAUUGAAUGUGCAUGGAAUUUCAAAAUCUGACCUCUUUGUUAUAGUUGCAAGUGAUGGAUUGUUUGACUUCUUUAGCAAUGAUGAGGCAAUCAAGUUGGUACAUUCCUAUAUCUUGAGUAACCCUAAUGGUGAUCCUGCUAAGUUUCUACUGGAGCAGCUUGUAUUAAGAGCAGCCAGUAGUGCAGGUUUCAGUAUGGAAGAGUUGAUGAAUAUUCCAGCAGGUAGAAGGAGGAAGUAUCAUGAUGAUGUAACUGUAAUAGUCAUCACACUUGGAACAAACCAUCGCACUACCAAAGCAUCAACUUGCAUUUAGGAUUUUUCUUUUCUUUUUCCCAUUUCUUUUUGGUAGAUUGUGGGGUAUGAGGGGCGGACUGGGGAUGUUAUAUUUGUAUAUACCCAUUUUCAGAAACAGUUUGUUCUUGAUCUGUACAGAACCAGAAGUUUAUUGCAUUACCCAUUUUUAAUAGAUAUUCAAUAAGUACAAUUUGUUCCUAUUUGCAA